AUGACCCAGGUGACGACGCCGAGCCAAGACGUUCCACGUGGAACUGUUGAUGACACUGGUCAUCAAUCAGCGUCGGAGGAGGUUGAUGACCCAUUGUCCUCUCAUCUCUCUGAGAUUGAGCGUCGCCUGACACUCCUGGAGCGUGAUGCUUUUGGAUCGGUGACGUCUCACCUGUCAUCGCUCGAUGGUCUUGUCAAUCGACACCGUCGAUUCUUGGAGCGUUAUUGCUCUGAGACCUCGGAUCGCUUAACGGCGAUUGAGCGCUCUCAAACCGAGCUUCGAUGUCAAAUUGACCUCCUGGUACGCCUCCAGCGUCCAUAUGCACCUCCAGUGCCGUACUACCCGCCUCCUUCGGCCCGGGAUAUGGGCACAACCCCUCGAAGUACACCGAGGCAGGGUUGA